GGGGAGUAGGCUUAAAGAAUUCUUUUUUUAUUCUACUACUUUUUUUUUUAUUUUUUUUUUCUUUCCUUUCUCCUUGUUUCUUAACCAAACCCUUGUUUUUUUUAUUAUAUAUAUUAUAUACAAUGGCUACAAACACUCAAGAGUUUGGUAUUGAAAUGACAUCUGUUCCCAACGAAUACCUGAAGGAUGUUCUCCGAGCUCUUUUACAUUCAAUCUUCUUUCAUCGACUACUGGUGAAUGUCACUCCUCGGGAACUACGUGUUUUGGAUACUACAGUGUCAAUUACAGAUAGUCGAGAGGUGGAAAACUUGAUUGAAGACAAAGCCAAUGAAUUCAUUCAAUCACUUCAGACGAACAUUAAACAAGGCAAAAUCGCUGUCUUAUUUUAUGAAAAAAGAUUAAAGAAAAAUUGGUUUCAAUUCUCUAAAUCUGAAGAAUUCGUUUGUUGGGAACAAUGGGCUUUGACAAUUGGAUUAGCUUAUCCGGAAACAGAACAAGAACGACAAAGAGUUCAAAAAGCAUGCGAACAUCAAUUAUCACAAUGUUUACUCAGUAUUCUCAAACUGGCAAAUGAUCACAAGGAACAUAUACCAUCCAUCACUACCACUGAUGGUAAUCCAUUUCCUUAUCAGAUUGCUAUUCCUUCAAAAUCUGAAUCCUGGAGUUCUAUGAUCAAACGAUUACUUGUGACCGAUGCACCAAUGACUGAUACCUUCCAACCUACAAUAUCACGUUCCUCAUCAUCCUCCACAGUUGGAUCCAAUCGACCUCCUGGUUCUUCCAAAUCCGGUUAUUGAUUUUUUAUUAUAUUAUUCCAUCCUUUUUUAUUAUUAUUAUUCUUAUGCGACCAAUAUAUAGGUCCCUUAUAUUAUUAUUUGUAUUUGAUUUUGAUCUCUCCACCUUUUUUGUAUAUAGUUUCACUCUCUUUUUUACUUAUAUAUCUUUAGUCAUUUGAUAUCCAUUGUAGUUUACGUUUGUUUUUAAUGCAUUCAAUAAUAAUAACAAUAAUAAUAAAAAAAAAAGAAACAAAGGUUAUCGGGAAAAUGUUUUUUUCGGAUGAUUCGCAUCAUA